UGAAUCGAAAAGAAGCUGAUAAAGGAUUCGCCAUGCUGAAAGGACUCAUCAUAUUCUUUGGCCUCCUGGCUCUGUGCUACGCCGCCUCCGUGGGCAGCGCCAGCAAUGCCACCGAAGUGUGCCAGUCGGAGGACGAGCUGUGGGGCGGCGCGGACAUUAGGAAGUUCUACUUCUGCCUGGACGGCCAGGUGAUAACCGACGAGUGCGACUCGGGUUACUAUUUCGUGAACAACGCCACCAUCUGCGGCUGCCUGCCCUCCGACCUGAUGAAGCCCUCCUGCGUGAACCUGGACACCACGGUGCCCGACUGCACCGGAGACAGCAAGCUGCGGCCCCAGGCCGCCGACGAUGUGUCCAGCUUCUAUCUGUGCACCAGCGACGGUGCCAAGGAGCUGCCCUGCCCGGAUGGCAAGGCGUUCGUCGACCAGGAUGGCUAUCUGGGAUGCUUCGCGUGGUCCCAGUGGCGCACGUUGCGCAACUGCGUCGAUGACUGAUGGUGACAUGGGUGGCGUUUUAAUUAUAGUUCUUCCAGCGCUAUCCACUGGCCGCGAUUAAAAG